AAGGAGGCCGGGGCUGCCGGCGGGAGGCGGGGGAGGGCGGCCGGGGCCGGGGCCGCCAGGCCGGGGCGGCUGCAGCGGGACGAGGCGCGGCGCGGGCGGGCGGGCGAGGCCCGGCAGCAGCGGCGGCCCCGCUCCGCCCCGCGGCUCUCCCCGCCCGGCCGCCCGCAGCCCUGCCCGCGUCCUCCCGCCUGCCCAGCAGCCCCGAGCACCGCUCCGGGCAGUGCCGGCACCGCCUGGCAGGGGAAACACCGGCAGCGAGGCGAGAGGCGGCCGCCGAACAGCUCUGGGUUACUGAAACCAGUACGGGAGCUGCCAGGACAAACGGAGCGCUAGCCAAAAAUAGCUCCUUCAGGGUUAGCCUUUUUUUUUUUUUCCUUUUUCUUUUUUUUUUUUUUCCCUUUUUUUUUUUUUUUUUCCUUUCUUGUAGCCGAGCGGCCGGAGCAGUGCCCCCCGCGCAGCACAGCCGACCUGCCGGCCUGAGGGCAGCGGAGCGGCCGCGGCAGGAUGUACCAGGGACACAUGCAGGGCAAAGGCGCUAGGGCGGCCGAUAAGGCUGUGGCCAUGGUGAUGAAGGAGAUUCCGAGGGAGGAGUCUGCAGAAGAAAAGCCCCUCCUCACUGUGGCAUCCCAGCUGGUGAAUGAGCAGCAGGAGAGCAGACCCCUCCUGAGCCCCUCCAUUGAUGACUUUCUCUGUGAAACUAAGCCAGAAGCUGUGGCAAGGCCUGUAACAUCGAAUACUGCAGUAUUAUCAACAGGUCUGGAUCUCUUGGAUCUUAGUGAACCUGUCUUACAAACCCAAAACAAAGCAAAGAAAUCAGAGAAUCCUUCAAGAACUGAAGGCUUAAAAGCUUCAACCCACAGAAAGAAGACAGAGAAUCCUGACCUGAUCAGUGUGGAUUCUGAGCAGAAAGUCCAGGCUGCCAGAGUUGCAGACAAGUCUUCUCUAGAUUUAGUUGAUAUUCAGACACAGAUAGAGAAAUGGGAUGAUGUCAGUUUUCAUGGAGACAGGAGUAGCAAGGUCCACCCUUCUGCAGAGAGAACAUCAUCAUCAUCCAGAGCUCCAUCAAAAGAGAUUUUAUGGUCCACAGAAAACAGAUCACAGUCUGAGCUGGCUAAUGUCAAGAGUGCCUUGGACUCUGAUUCAGCAUCAGAAUUAGAGCUUGCACCUGCAAUACAGGUGGGGGAGCAGUGUGGUCACAGGACUUUUUCCUGCUGGAAAAGGAACUCUAAUACGGAGGGCUCUGGGCUAAAGGCACGGUCAAGUAAGGAGCAGCGUUGGGGAACACCUCUUCUCUCCAGAAAUCACUCCUUGGAGGAGGAAUUUGAAAGAGCAAAGGCAGCUGUUGAGUCUGACACAGAGUUUUGGGAUAAAAUGCAAGCAGAAUGGGAAGAAAUGGCUCGCAGAAACUGGAUUUCAGAGAACCAGGAAGCACCAGGGCAGGUCACCAUCUCAACCAUCGAGAAGGGUUAUUAUUUCCACACUGACAAUCCCUUCAAAGACUGGCCUGGUGCUUUUGAGGAAGGGCUGAAAAAAAUGAAGGAAGGUGACCUGCCUGUUACAAUCUUGUACCUGGAGGCUGCAAUUCUCCAAGAGCCCAACGAUGCUGAGGCCUGGCAGUUCCUGGGUAUAACACAGGCAGAAAAUGAAAAUGAGCAGGCAGCCAUCGUGGCCCUCCAAAGGUGCUUGGAACUGCAGCCAAACAACCUGAAAGCUCUGAUGGCCCUGGCUGUGAGUUACACCAACACUGGCCAUCAACAAGAAGCCUAUCAAUCCCUGAGAAACUGGAUAAAGCAAAAUCCAAAAUACAAGUACAUAGUGAGGAGCAAAAAAGGGUCCCCAGCACUUACAAGGAGGAUGUCUAAGACAGCAGAUGAAAGCUCAUUACUCGAAGAAGUAAAGGAUUUGUACCUGGAGGCUGCUCACCAGAAUGGUGAUAUGAUAGACCCUGACCUGCAGACAGGACUUGGGGUUCUUUUUCACCUGAAUGGAGAAUUUAACAGAGCAAUAGAUGCAUUUAGUGCUGCAUUAACUGUUCGACCAGAGGACUACACGUUGUGGAACCGCCUUGGGGCAACCUUGGCCAACGGGGACCGCAGUGAGGAGGCUGUGGAGGCUUACACACGAGCUCUGGAAAUCCAGCCUGGCUUCAUCAGGUCCAGGUACAACCUGGGCAUAAGCUGCAUCAACCUAGGGGCAUACAGAGAGGCUGUCAGCAACUUCCUCACUGCUCUCAGUUUGCAAAGAAAAAGCAGGAAUCAGCAGCAAGUUCCCCACCCUGCUCUGUCAGGCAAUAUUUGGGCAGCACUUCGGAUUGCUCUGUCUAUGAUGGACCAGCCAGAACUAUUCCAAGCUGCCAAUGUGGGUGAUCUAGACAUUCUCUUAAGAGCUUUUAAUCUAGAGCCGUAAUAAAAAGGAUUCAAAAAUUUAUUGAAUUGUAUUAGGAAACAGAGAACUUUUUUAUUACUCAUCCCCAAAUGACCACAUUUUCCAAAAGAUCAUGACUGUAGAUCAGUAGGGGAAUUCCUUCAGGCAUUAUUCAUAAAGGGAAAGUUCAAAAGCACAAAAAUAGUGUAAAUAAAUUCAAACUCAAAGGGUUGAAAUGAGCUGUAGCUAAUCGGACAAAGCCCUGAACUAGACAAAAUAGCAAUUUCUGAAGAAUCUCCAUCCCAUGCAAGCUAUAUCUCUCUAUAUACACACAGCUGUAAAAAGAAAAGCAACUUAAGAAGAAACCUAGAUAAUGGUUAUUGCACCUUAGAAUGGCAAGCAGUGCAUCCAAGGAACCUGCUUAGUGGCUCAUUGCACUAUGCUGACACCACUUUGCCCCACAGUGGGGAUUCCCUGUCCUUUGGUUUCUUUGAUGAAAAAUCUUCCCAAGGUCCAUUUUUAACACAGCUCUGAAAAUAGAUGCAUGUAAAAGGGAUGUUUUUUGUCUUGAAUGUAUUUAUUAGCUGGCAAUCAGUUUUUUGCUUCCAAAGGUACCUGGAUUAAUUUGGGCCCAGCUCUGCAGGCUCAUAAAGCCAUGUGCAGUGUCAGGAGGAACACAGUCCAUGCAGGGCUAUGGGGUGAGGCCAGGUACAUUUGGGGAAGCCAAGUGUUGCCAGCAGAAGAGGCAAUUUGCACUGGAACUGUUGCUGUUCAAACCAGCUGUCCUUGAUCUGGGACAGUCUGGAGGAGCUCAUGGCAGGGUCUGCACCUUUCUGUGUACUUAUGCACUUUAACCUUUCUUUUUGUAAAAUAGUGCUAUGCUUUUGUUUUAGUCACCAACAAUGGAAUGUACAGGAUGGCCUUGUUGGCAGAGAGGACCAAAUAUAAUUGCCUGAAAUGUAAUGAGAGGGUUUUCAAUAUUUUUCUGUUUAAAAAUGCAAAUACAGUGUAAACUGCAUUAACAACUAGAAAGAUUAUUAUAUGCAUCCAUCAGGUACUACACGUAUACAUGCAUGUGCAUGCACAUACAUGUUGUAUGCAAAUGAUGUCAUUUCAGAACAUAGCAAGCUACAGAUCUUCAUUGCAAACCAAUAAAAAUAUUUGUGGGAAUUACUGCCUGCAGACCAUGCUCAAGGGAAAACUUUCCCUAAAGAAAUUGGUCUGUACAAUGCUGGUAGGAUUGAGGCCAAGUCUUGAUCCUGCUGUUAUGGCAAACAGCAGCAAAAGUCUCCACAACCUCCAUGAUAGCAGAGAAAAUCCUUAGGUAACACCAGUAUGUGUAGCUGCUCACAAAAGUGUGUAUAAACACACUGUUUUCAUUUUGCCUGGCUGCAUGAAUGGGGAGCAGGGCUGGGGCAGUACCAAUCCCUGAUGAAUGGAUUGAUUCAGCUACAAUCAAACACAUUUAGCUCAGGGUGAAUGUGUCAAUCAAAGAAAGCAGAGAAAUUUUUAGGAGGUGAUUUUCAGUUGCUGAUAAUUUAAAUAUUUUUCCUGAAUAGCGAAAGAUAAAAAGUGUUAUUAGAUGUGUUGAUCUGUGGUCAGGAUUUCAAUUUGCAGAGUAGCUACUAGAAUGUGUUAAAGUGGGACAAAUAGCACAUUUCCUAUAAACAUUAGAAGAAAAAUCCAGCUCAGAGGGAUAAAAAAAGAAAUCCAACUGCACAGAUCACAAAGAUGCUCUGUGGGAGUUGGACAGUUUCACCAGUACAAACCUAAAGUUUCUUGCAGCUGCCUGUUAUUUUGAGCAACCACUUAAAGGAAAAUUCCAUGUAAGACAGUGUAAGCACUGCAUCUAAUCACCAUCUAUAGGUUGUUAAAUGAAAAUAGAAAAAUAAAAGGCUUACCCCUCACUCUCUCCCACUGAACAGAGAUGUCGAAACAGCUACCAAAAUUUUUAAGAGUGCUUUAUCAAUUCCUUGUUUACACAUAUAUUCCUGUUUAUCUGUCAGGUGUUUCAUAACUGAUUCCUGCAGCUUUCUCUAAGGAUGGGUCUGCCUGGGAAUGUCACUUUGGCUAAGUGGGCUGCUGUAUGCAUAUCUACUGACAACAGUUUGCUCUUUUGCUUUGACAGAGAUGUGUGAUGACAGCUCUUUAUUGAUAAGGCAGAGCAGAAGGUGCAGUGCAAUUGAAUCUGGGAAGUGAUAAGAGAGAAGGGAGGCAGCUUUGAGAAGAGGCUGUAAAGCAAAGGCAUAUGUGCUUAGGUUUGCCUUGAUGCCCUGCCAUCACACAAGCUCUUCUAGGAUAUCCUUUGUGCUGGGGUGCAGGAUAAUCAGUGCUUGUGCAGAGGAAUUAGCUGUUCAGGGACUUUAUUUUUACAUCUUUGGAAUUAACAAAAAAAAAGUAUUUCUCAGAGUCAGAAUGACAAGGGGUAUUUGAUUCUCAUGGCAGUUCACUAAACAUGGGUAACACAGAAAUCAUUAGGAAAACUUUAUGCAAGUCCAAGCCUCUCCAAAAAGAACAAACUAAGUAGGUAGCUUUUGGUUUAUCCUGGGAUGCACUGCUCAAAACUACAUUUCUCUGCUGACAUAUUUCCACACCCAUGGGACUGGCAGGAGCUGUGUGUGUAACCUUGAGCCAACUCAGCAGGACUCUGCCCUGCCAGGCAGGCUCAGCCCCAGCCCAGCCCAGCUCUGCUGUACAGGACAUGGGCUGCAAAGCCUGGCCAGAGAGGUGCACAGCCUGCAGAGCUGAUCCCAGCUGCCCUCUCUGCUGUAGCCAGCCUAUGGCCAGUCAAACAUGUGCCACUGACAGAGCCUAAAGCAGGGCAGGGGACAGAGGACAGGGGCACAUCUCACACAGCUCUGGGCUGGCCAGUGUGGGGAGUGGCCAGAGACUGAGCUCACCUCACUCUAACAGGCCAGGCCCAGCAACUCUUGGGAUUUCUGGGCACUUCCUAAGGAUCCUGGGCUUUAUCAUCUUCCUUUAGCCCCCUCUGCCAAGCACUGUCAGUGCAGCAGACAGGAUUAGAUACAGCUUUGAUCUGACCUCCUCUUGGCUUUCCUUAAAUAUUCAGGACAAGUUUGUAUAUUUGCCUGAAACAGCAAGAGGAAACAUGUGAGGAGGCUGCAGCAUAUUAAGAACCUGAAUAGAAAAUUCAUCUACUUGUGCUUCUAACCAAGCAUGAGGUGGGAUAAAUAAGGCGGGUGCUGAACAGUAGCAGAUUGAGCCUGAGAGUGAGAGACAGCAAAUCUGGGUCCUGUUCUCAGCACUCCCUGGGAGCUCGACCAAGCCAAAGCCUCCUGCCAUCCCUGACUUGCCCAGGUGUGCAAGGAAGGAAGGAAGAUGGGAAACAGCAUUCCUGGCACUACCUGGGAGCAGGGGAAAUCACUGCCUCACACUGCAGGGGCCGGGUCACCCCUCCCUGGGCAGGAAGGUGACACAAACACAAGGCUGCUCAGGUCUAGGGAAGCAGUUUCACCCACAGACUCCCAAUUUCAGCAGAGGAGAGACUCAGACAUUUCAGGGUGCUAUAGAGCAUCUGUGAGGUGAGGCCCAAUUAGAGUGCUGCACUGGUGUAUCACCAUGUCCCACUCCUGUUUCCCUUUCUUGUUACUCCUCUCUUUUUCCAGAGGUGAUUAUCACUGCCAGGCAACUGAUUCCAAGUUACUGAAACUUUUUUUUUCCUAUUUUAUAUUUCAUACAAUUAAAAAAAAAUAAUUUUCCUAACCCCAGCUUGGGACUGUCCUUGUGUUCUACAAAGCUUUAGGAAUAGUUAUGACCUAGAAGCCUGAUCCAUCAAGCUGCUGAACCCUGUCAGCCUGGACUCUGCACAGAGUGCUCAGUUCACAUGCAGGUGUUCCAGGAGAGGGCUGGCUCUGGCACCACUGCACGUGCUGAACAGGCACUGCAAGCACAGGGGCUGUUGAGGGAGUGAGGCUUUGCCAUGAAGGCAAAAGGCUCAUUGCUGCCUGACCUCUUUAAACUGGAAUGACCGCAGGAGCCUUGUGGCCACAGACUGCUUUCUGCCAGCUUGUUUGACUUUUAGGCACACACAUAAACAUACCUGUAUCUAGUGGUGUUUUCUUAUGAUCUGCUAAAUCACAGCACUUGUAAAAAUAUCGAGGGGGAGGUUCAAAUGACACAAACCUCAUGUGACAAUAUUGCAUGCAACUGCAUUAACCAGUAACCACUAUGCAAUAUUAACCCCAGCAUGCAGCAGUGCUACCUGAGCAUGUGUUUAGAGAAUGCAUGCAGAAGGCUCACUCGUAGGGUAUUCUUAAGCUAUUGAUUCAUAUCAUCUGUGGAACACUUUACAAGUCCUUUGCAUCUGCCAGACUCAAAUCUGAGUUGUUCAUAUUACCUGGAACAACCUAAUUACCAAACACAGAGCCCUUUUAAAAUCCCAUCCUUAGAACUGACUUUGUGUUGUGGGUUUCAUGUUUGCUCCAAGUGUUUAAAUAAUAACAGACAUCUGUAUAUCAGCUUUUGUAGACAUAUUUUAGUACCCCCUCAAGAAUUAAAAAGUUACAUCUGCACAGCUUUCACAGUGAAGCUGGGUGGUUUGGAUUUUCACAUUUUCAUCUCUAGUCUCAACCCCAGAACAGCCAGGUAUCCCAGGAAUACCCACAGGGCCUCCAUGGCAGAAAUAACAACUGCUGUCCUCACUGGCACAGCCAGAGCCCGAGGCCUAAAUCACUGACUGCUGGAGCCAGUGAGAAAUGGAGCAGAGCAUAAAUUGGUUGUAGAUCUCUUUUGCCCAAACAUGCAUCUGCAAAACGAGACAUAUUAGUUAUUUUCGCAUGAAUUACCUGCACAGUUGAAAAAAUGUGAUUUCUGGUCACCAGUGUUGUCAGCUUAGCAGUCUGUACAGUGAAUCUAUGUAAUAAAUGUUAAUAAUAUACCAAUUAGUCACAAAAAUGGUAAGACAAAAUGCACUGCACGUUGUGAAAAAAAAAAUGGUGGAUAUGCAAUACAGUAUUAUCUACUAUUCAAACCUUACCUAGGCUAGAAUCAGAUUCCUUCAUUAUGGUUCUACUGAUUUUUGGACUGGUGAAAUAAAUCAGAGAACAGGAGUGUUGUGCAUGAAGAGGUCACUGACACUUUGAACAAACGUAGGAAAAAUUAAAAACAGUCAUGCCAGAGAAUCCAUGGGAAGUUUCAGAGCCUCAGCCCACAAAGUAACAGACAUUAGGCAAGGUAAAGAGACAGAAGGAAUCUAAAUUUUCCUAAAAUAUGCUGUAACUUUACAAAUGCUUGCAGUAUGUGACAACCCAUUGAGCAAGCUUGCAUGGUCAAGACUUGAUGUGCUUUGAUCUCUUUUCCCCUUCUACAUUUACAGAAUGCCAUCGACAUUGGCUGAACCUUUAAUUUAAAUAGCCUUUUUAAUAUCAGUAAGCUAUUGUAAAUUCAGAAAAAUAAAAAAAAUUUAUAAAUAUAUUUUAUAUAUCAGAGUAUAACAUAUCUAGAGUAAAAUAAAACUAUAUAGUUUUGAGAGGCAUUCUGUGUGGCUUCUUCUAUAUGCUGUAAACUGUUUGAAAACCUUUGCAAUCUUGCAUCAGUUCUUUUGGCUUUAUUUUUAAGCCAACAUAGAGGAAGGAAGUGAUUCCAGGGUUGGCAGAUACUUUCACCUGGGCCAUCUCAAGAGCCCUGCUGCUGCACACCCUUGCAGAGCUGCCUGAACCCCUGGUGUCCGUGGGGAAGUGCAGGGCAGGGCUGGGCAGCACUGCCCAGGUGGGAGCUCAGCCCCACACCUGAAUGUUUACAUUCCCUUACAAAGGCUCACCCUGACCCAGAUUCAGAAUCUGAAUGUAAGAACAUACGGGGUACAAGGUCAGUUUCUUACCACAGGUAACUCUGCCUCUGUAUGCUUAGUGCAUUAUCAGCUGUGUAUAAUAUUAAACACAGACCUAGAGUUUACUGAUGCUUUAAUUUGGUGUUUCCCUGCACUGCUGUUUAAAAUAACCUAUUUCUUCAAAAAAGAAUGAUGUGCAUACUGGAUGUGUUAAAUUUAUUAAGGUCAUAGAUGACUAUUUGCAAAGCACCACACUUAAUGUAGUAUUUUUGUACUGUAAUGGAAGCAUGCCUUCCUUGGGUUCUUUUCCACAUAUUAAAUUGUAUUUAUUAAUUGUAUUUAUAACUGUGCAAUUUUUAAAUAUGUUUUAAAAAUAAACUUUGUCUGUGGCUUCAAA